UUGGCACCCACCCUCGCGCCGCUUUUCCUCUUCAAAGAUAUUUUUCUAAACAUUUUUUGAAAACUACCUACUAUCAACCAUGUCUGGCCGCGGAAAGGGAGGAAAGGGACUCGGAAAGGGAGGCGCCAAGCGUCACCGCAAGAUUCUUCGCGAUAACAUCCAGGGCAUCACCAAGCCGGCCAUCCGUCGUCUGGCGCGCCGUGGUGGUGUCAAGCGUAUCUCGGGCCUCAUCUACGAGGAGACCCGCGGUGUGCUCAAGGUGUUCCUUGAGAACGUCAUCCGCGACGCCGUCACCUACACCGAGCACGCCAAGCGCAAGACCGUCACCUCGCUGGACGUCGUCUACGCGCUCAAGCGCCAGGGCCGUACCCUCUAUGGCUUCGGCGGCUAA